AGAGCCCAAAGGGCGGCUCUUGGACGCUUCUUACUCGUGAUUAGAAGGAAAGGGGAGCGGGUACCUAUGAAAAGCCUCAGAAGAGCCUGCUUUCUUUGGUAAUCCUUGCGGGAGGUGGAGCGUCCGCAGCAGCUGAUUGGUCCUUCGGCUUGAGAUGACCCUUCUGCAGAUUCUCAAACCGGAUUUGCAGUGUUUUCUUCUGGCUCUGGUAACCUUGCCAGGUGUUGAACUGAGAUGGCUCAAGCCUGACAUUCCAUGAGCUGGGAUCCUGACAGGCUGUGCACAGGCUGCUGCUGCUGCUGUGGAUGAUUUAAAAGCACCAGGCAGUCCAGGGCCAGAAGAGGCAAUCCCUCUGCCUGGAUGUGUGGGGACUGCCUGCCAACUUGAUUGGUGGAUCUGGGGGGGAUUCACCCCCACCCCACGAAGAAAGCAUAUUCUGUUUUGUGGGUGACGCUUCAGGUGCCAGCCCCUGAAGGAUGGCCACCCCUGUGGUCACCAAGACAGCCUGGAAGUUGCAAGAGAUUGUUGCCCAUGCCAGCAAUGUGUCCUCGCUGGUGUUGGGCAAAGCCUCGGGACGGCUUCUGGCCACGGGCGGGGACGACUGCCGAGUCAACCUGUGGUCCAUUAACAAGCCAAACUGCAUCAUGAGCCUGACGGGUCACACGUCCCCCGUGGAGAGCGUCCGCCUCAACACUCCCGAGGAGCUCAUUGUGGCUGGCUCGCAGUCGGGCUCCAUCCGCGUCUGGGACCUGGAAGCUGCCAAAAUUCUUCGCACGCUCAUGGGACACAAAGCCAACAUCUGUAGCCUGGAUUUCCACCCCUAUGGCGAGUUUGUGGCCUCAGGUUCCCAGGACACAAACAUCAAGCUCUGGGACAUCAGGAGAAAAGGCUGUGUCUUCCGGUACAGGGGCCACAGCCAGGCUGUGCGGUGUCUCCGCUUCAGCCCCGAUGGGAAGUGGUUGGCAUCAGCUGCAGAUGACCACAUGGUGAAGCUCUGGGACCUGACUGCUGGCAAGAUGAUGUCUGAGUUCCCUGGUCACACGGGACCUGUCAACGUGGUAGAGUUUCAUCCCAACGAGUACCUCCUGGCCUCUGGCAGCUCUGACAGGACGAUCCGUUUUUGGGAUCUGGAGAAGUUCCAGGUGGUGAGCUGCAUCGAAGGAGAGCCAGGGCCUGUCAGGAGCAUCCUCUUCAACCCCGACGGCUGCUGCCUGUACAGCGGCUGCCAGGACUCACUGCGUGUCUAUGGCUGGGAGCCCGAGCGCUGCUUCGAUGUGGUCGUCGUUAACUGGGGCAAGGUGGCUGACCUGGCCAUCUGUAAUGACCAGCUGAUCGGUGUGGCCUUCUCCCAAAGCAACGUCUCCUCUUACGUGGUGGACCUGACUCGGGUCACUAGGACAGGCACAGUGGCCCAGGACCCUGUGCAGGACAGCCGGCCCCCAACAGAGCAGCCAUCCAACCCCAGCGCCCCACUCCGGCGCAUCUAUGAGCGGCCCAGCACAACCUGCAGCAAGCCCCAGAGGGUAAAGCACAACUCAGAGAGUGAGCGCCGCAGCCCCAGCAGUGAGGAUGACAAGGACGAGCGCGAGUCCCGGGCUGAGAUCCAGAAUGCUGAGGACUACAAUGAGAUCUUCCAGCCCAAGAACAGCAUCAGUCGGACGCCACCCCGAAGAAGCGAGCCCUUCCCAGCACCCCCUGAGGACGACAUGGCCACAGUGAAGGAGAUGGCAAAGCCCAGUCCAGCCCUGGAUGUGCAGUGCCCAGUGACAAUCCUCGAGGUCCCAGCUCAGCCCCCGGUCCUCACAUCCACGCCUGCACCCAAGGGUGAGCUCAGCAUCAUCCCGGCCACCCGGAACGAGCCCAUCGGGCUAAAGGCCUCUGACUUCCUGCCUGCUGUAAAGCUCCCACAGCAGGCAGAGCUAGUGGAUGAAGAUGCCAUGUCACAGAUCCGCAAAGGCCACGACACCAUGUGCGUGGUACUCACCAGCCGCCACAAGAACCUGGAUACUGUACGGGCUGUGUGGACUACAAGUGACAUCAAGACAUCUGUGGACUCUGCUGUAGCUAUCAAUGACCUGUCAGUGGUGGUGGACCUCCUGAACAUAGUCAACCAGAAAGCCUCCCUGUGGAAGCUGGACCUGUGUACCACCAUCCUGCCACAGAUCGAGAAGCUUCUACAGAGCAAGUAUGAGAGCUACGUCCAGACAGGCUGCACGUCCCUGAAGCUGAUCCUACAGCGCUUCCUGCCUCUGAUCACAGACAUCCUGGCUGCCCCGCCCUCCGUGGGUGUAGACAUCAGCCGAGAGGAGAGGCUGCACAAGUGCCGGCUCUGCUACAAGCAGCUCAAGAGCAUCAGCGGCCUCAUCAGGAGCAAGUCCAGCCUCAGCGGCCGCCAUGGCAGUGCCUUCCGGGAGCUGCACCUGCUCAUGGCUGCUUUGGACUGAGGGGCCCGCAGGUUGGGGUGCCUGGAGGCCCUCAGCCUGGCCUCCCUCAUCUUCCCGGUUCGCCCACCACCCCGGGAGCCUCUGCCGGGUCUGUGCUUCUGCCCCUGAGGCUAUCCUGGAGGUGGCAGAAUAGGCCCUAUCCGUGUGCAUCCUGCAAUGGCUGCCCAGCUUCACCCAACUCUUGUUUCUUGGGGCAGCAAACAGUCCCGGGGCUGCUGCUAUAAUUUAUAGGCAGGUUUUAUUAAAUUUGUAACUGUUCCCUGUUUUGUCGUGCAGCAUCCUCUGGCCAUGCAGCUCACCCAGUGGCCUGGUGUGCCAGGCUAUGUGGCCAGGAGGGGGCAGCAGAGUGACAGGUGUGCUUACUCUGAGAGGGGUGGGAGAGGCAGUAGGCCCCCCAGGAAGCAGCCCUCAUCCAUCUCUGCCACCCUCAGCAGUCCUUGCAGGCUGGUGCAAAGCCAGGACAGCAGCCCCUCUGCUGAGGGCUCCGAGCAGCUUCUGUUCGUCCAGGAGCCCCCUGCAUCAGUUUCCUGGGGCUGCACAGCAGUCAGAGUUGGGGGCCUGGGGGGUCAGGAAGAGCAGCAGCUCAUCUCUGGCCAGUGUAAUCAAGGAAAGCUGGUGCUGCAGCACAGUUUGAGUGUCUCAGCAAGCCUUCCAGCCCACCAGAGCCUUCAUUUCCCACCUGUGACAUAGAGGUGACACCAUGGGACACACAGAUAAUGUGGCAUACAGUAGGCACCUCCUAAGGGUAACCAUGCCUGUAAACACAAGGUAGCAUUACGCUGUGGCAGGGACAGUGAUGACGCCUGGUUCCCUAGUUCAGGAUGGGCUGUGGGGACCCAUGGGUGACGAGCCAGUGCGUCUCUCCCCCAGCGCACCCCCAGGGCUCCUGAGACCAACACUCCUGUCCCCCAGUGCAGCCCCAGGGCUCCCAAG